AUGGAUUCAACCAUUUCGCCAGAUAUUUGUGACGACAACCUCGGAAUACGUACUAAAUCGAUACUCAGCACACCGGCAAUAAAGCAGACAAAAGAAAAACCGGCUCUUUCACCAAUAGAGGAAGAAACUGAUUCCUCCGAUACUUCAGCCGAUAGUGGCACACGUAACCGUGAUAACGAGAAUGUAACCGCUCUGAAAAAACAUUCUUACGAUAUUCGAAUUGGUUUGCGCAACGAUUACGAGCAGCUUAUUGGCAAUCUCGAGGAAGAAAUACCGAAGGAUAAAAUAAGACUCGAUGAGAGUCCGCCAUUUCUCACGGCUAGAAACACUUCCGAUCACAAGGGCCAAUGCUGCGAUAGCAGCGCCACAACGAGCAAUGAGAGAAACAGCGAAGACGAGGAGGAAGAAGAAGAGAUCGAGGAGGAGGAGGAGGAUUCUUCGGUAAGCGGUGAAAGCACUUCCGGCGACGUCGAUUAUUACUGCGAAGAAAAUUACCAAGGCAAUGCCCUUGAAACUCCGGGGAAUGAUGACCUUGAGAAUGUUGCCAAUGACGCGGAAGAGAAUUCCCUCGUAUCAUCGAGAAAAAAAGUUAGAACGAAUCGUCGACCGAAGUCUGCACCUUCCAGCUACUCAAUCGAGGCCUCGUCGGACCCUCGUCGCGAUCACGAGUUCAACGAUGUUGCAACGAUCUUGGACUGGCUCAAAACUAGACUCGUCAAAUCUGAGAGAGACAUAGACGAGCUCAAAAAUCAGCUCGACGUGGAAAAAUUACGAGGUCGCAAACUCGCGAGACGUUACGAGGACGACCAAAAUCUCAUGAGAGAAAACCUUAGAAUCGACCUUGAAUCGUGGAUCAAGAAAUUGAACGAUGGACUCAAAAGCUAUCUCGGGGAAUGGCAGAAACGCGAGAGACUCAGGAUCAACGAAGAAAUCUCGAGAAUCAGCGAUCUUUAUUCUCAGGAAAUAACUAAGGGCCUGAAAAUCACGUUCAAAGAAUGGCAAGCGGAGGACAUGAAAAGUAUCAUCGAAGUUAUCGAUAGCCGCGAAAAGUCACGAGACGAUAAAGAGAAGCUCAAUGCCAAACUUGUUUACGAGAAGAUUCAAACGCACUUGGAGAACCUUGAGAAAAGAAAUAGAAAGUCUUACGCGACGUUGUCUAAGCACAUUGACAAGUGGGAGGACCGCUUGAGGGACGAGAUCGUUAAGCUGCACGAGGAGGAUUUGAAGAAACUUCGUCAAGAAGUUAACAUUCGGUGCGAAGAAAGCAAAAGAAGUGGCGAUUCGAGUACGAGCGUUCGGAGUCGUAAGGAAAAAUGCACAGAAAUAAAGCGAAGCAGUUCAUUCCUCGGCGACGAAGCGUUACUCCAGGUGGAGGAAAAUCUGUUGAAGCGUUUGCGGGAGUCAAGCACCAAAGAUUUUCGGCGAACGGAGCAGAUCGUGAGGACCGAAUUGAAGAGUCAACGACGGGAGCUCGGCAAGCGUAUGAAUGAAAAAAUCAGUGAGCUUUGGUUGGCGUUCGAGGAGUUCGGCAGUUACGGGAGCUCAAAAAUCGGCAGGAACGACCUCGAAGAUCACCGCGGAUCGGUAAUCGCAAAUCGGUCAAAAGACCCGUCGCUCAAACCGGAUAUCGCGGGAGCUCGAUGGGGCGGUGAGAAAAUCGUGAGAUUGAAUCAGCCUGGUGGAGAAUCGAGUUUUAACAACAGUGACGUUGACGAGGAUGCUGAUCGCGACUACGACGAGGACGAGGACGAAAGCACGGGACGAUCGAGCGGCAGAAAUGAAGACGCUCUCGAAACCCCGGUCCCUUCGACUCCUCCGUCAAGACCGAGCAUCAAAACGAGUCUUGUUAACAAAAACUCUUGCAACGAUAAAUCGGCCAAUCGUGGACAAAAGUGA